AUGUCGAGUUCAAGUCUAAGUCUAAUAGGUUUUCAGGCUUUGAAGGCGCUAAUUAUUUUGGUGGCUAUCGUAUGCGGUAUUUUAGAAGCAACAGAAUAUUAUGCAUGGUCAAGUUAUGUUGAUGAAGUAAAUAAUUCAAAUUACUAUGCAGAAAUACCAAAAUCUAGAUAUUUUAAGAAACAUUCAAAGGUUGAUGGACAUGUAAAAAUAUGGUAUUACAUUGUGAUAAUUCUCACAAUACUUGGAACAAGUCUCGCGAAUUUAGAUCCUUUGUAUUCAGGUGCAGGAUUGAGUUGUAGUAGUAUACAAACGACGGGUCAUAAAAAAGAAUUUGAUAAUAAAAUAGCACAGUGGACAAAAUUACAAUGUAAUUUAGCUGUAUCGAGUUUAGUAAUUGGUUGGCUUAACACAGUAUUAUGGUUAAUAUCUUUAAUAGUAGCUUGGAGAACUUCUGGUCGUGACUUAAAUGAUAGUUCCCCUACUCCAUCUCUAAUGUUUCCUUCAGAAGUUAGACAUUCUGGAUCUGGAAAUGGACCUAUAUAUUUCUAA